UUCAUGAUUUUUUGCCACCAACCCAAUUUAGUGAGAUCCUAUCAAUGUCAUUCUCGGAAAUUUCAUAGUGGGUUGGGACCUGGUAAUGAUGAUCACAUUGUAUUGGAUGGAUAAGAUCAUGAUGAAAAUUUCUAUAAAAUGGAGCACUUCCAUUACUUAUAAGCCUCGCCUUAGAUUCUCCUAACUCCAAUAUCUCUGAAAAUGGCAACCAACAAUAGCAUCUCAUUCUCAGUUGAUAAGAAAGAUGUUGUUCUUGUUAAACCCUUCAAGCCAACACCCUCAGAAGUUCUGUCUCUCUCCACCAUCGACAAUGAUCGCACCCUUGAGCUUAUUUGCCAUUCGGUUUUUGUGUAUCUAGCAAAUGACGAUUUCUGUAGCGGAGACAGUCCUGAUGAAGUUAAACCGAAACAAAAGGAGCUAAAAGACCCAGCUUGCAUAAUUGAGGAAGCUCUCUCCAAGGUGUUGUUUUAUUACUAUCCACUAGCAGGGAAGCUGAAGAGGCAGACUGAUGGAAAACUGCGAAUUACCUGCAAUGCUGAUGGCGUUCCUUUCUUAGUAGCAUCUGCCAACUGCCAUCUCUCUACUUUGAAUUACUUAGAUGGCAUAGACGUUGUAACUGCUAAACAAUUUGCCUUUGAGUUUCCAUCCGAAUCUGACGAUGGUUAUUACCCUCUAGUCUUGCAGGUGACGAAAUUCUUAUGUGGUGGAUUCACAAUUGCAUUAAGCUUAUCACACUCAGUUUGUGAUGGCUUUGGUGCAUCUCAAUUCUUUCGAGCCUUGGCUGAGUUUGCAAGCGGAAAGAGUGAGCCCUCAGUUAAACCUGUGUGGGAGAGGCAGUUAUUGGUAGCAAAACCAAUCCAAGAAAUCCCUCAGUUUAUGGUGGAUAACGACUCCUUAGCAACUUCACCGUAUCUGCCAACCACUGACAUAGUCCACCAGUGCUUUUAUGUAACCGGGGAGAGUAUAAAAAGACUAAAAAAGACUUUGAUGAAAGAAAGUAAGGAUGAAUUUCUGAAAGAAAGUGUAACAAGUCUUGAGGUCCUAGCAGCCUAUACCUGGAGAGCAAGAUUUAGAGCUUUAAAAUUGAAUUCUGAUGGAAAUACAGUGUUGAGCAUGGCUGUAGGGAUAAGACGCACUCUCAAUCCACCACUGCCUGAAGGAUAUUACGGGAAUGCCUUUACGUCUGCAAGUACAGCAAUAAAUGGGAGGGAGCUCAAUGAAGGAUCACUCACAAAAGCUGUGAAACAAAUCAAAGAGAGCAAAAAGCUUGCGUCUACUAAUGAUUAUAUCUGGAAAUUGUUAAGCAUUAACGAGAAGUUGAGAGAAUUGAAUAUGAAGUUUGAAACAGCCAGUGGUGCAAACAUGGUAAUAACAGACUGGAGACAGUUGGGACUAUUAGAAGAUGUAGAUUUUGGAUGGAAAGGCGCUGUAAACUUGACACCACUUCCAUGGGACAUAUUCGGAUACGUGGAUUUGGUUCUCAUAUUGCCUCCUUGCAAACUAGAUCAGUCAAUGAAAGGUGGUGUUAGAAUGUUAGUUUCCCUACCCAAGGCUGCCAUUGCCAUGUUCAGGGAAGAAAUGGAUGCACUCAACCAUGAUGACGGCGUUGCUGGCGCUUGAUUUUUUUUUUUUUUUAUUGAAUAAAGGAUAGAGAUGAAAAUGGUGGGGUUCAAACUCGCGCCUUAUAUAUAUAUUUUAAAACUGUUUAAUCAUUAAGCCAAGAAUAAUAGUGUCUUCUUAUUGUAUCACAUUUCAGUGUAUUUUAAAUUAUUGUGAAUCGAUUUGAUUAAUGGAAAGAAUAAUAAAUUAAUUACUAGUGUUUAGAAAAACUUUGAUCUUAUCCAAAUUAUUCAAGUAAUCUUGUGAGUGGGCUUUGUCAUGCUUGUAUCGACAAGUUCAAAGACAGUAAUUGACAAGCUUUCUAUCUCCUAUAAUUUCUUUUUCCUGAUUCUUUUUCGUUGAAAUUUAGGCUUAGCUUUAGCUUGAUUUUUUUUCCUUUGUCGUCGGAGUUACGUUACAAAACAAUGACGCAAAAUUAUCACUCACCAAGUGUCAUCUUCCCUUUCGAAAUUUCAAGAAGAAAAAGGAAAAAAUAAAUUAGCUCACUCUAAUUCAUCAAAUAUUAUCAAAUUAAUUUUUUUCGUUAUAAAAA